AUGAGAAUUGGGAUGCUGCUUUGCAUUGGCAAGCUCAGCACUCUCAUGGCGGACCACCUACUCCACAUCCCUCCCCCCAACGAUCUCAAGCUCAGACCGCAGCACCAGCCACCAACCAAGGCCCUCCUCAAGAUCCUCAGGAUCAGGCGCCUCGUCCGCGCCUUCGUCUCCAAGCACAUCGUCAGCCGCGUCGCCACGGCGCUGGGUGGCGCGAGGGCGACGCUUCUCGACCUUCUAAGCAAGAAGUCCGGCGCCGUCGAGCUGACGAGGAAGAUCGUCAAGCGGAAGCGGAGAGGCAGGGACAAGGAUCCACCCUGCAUUUGUGGCGGCUGUGUCGAAAUGCACCUCAACCUGCUCCCACCAUCAUGGUCGUCGUCGUCGUCAUGGCCGGAGACGGCGGCCGUGCUGGAGCCGCAUGAGGCCGGGUUAUACUGUUCCUACUAUGAUCCGUCCUGGAACACGGUGAUCCCUGCUGAGCUGCAGCUGCCACCGGUCUCCAGGUAUCUCGAGUGGCCUGACGAAGAGCGUCAAAUGGAAGACGGCGAUGAUGAAGAGGAGGAUGGUGAUAGUUGCAAUAAUGAGAUUGACAACCUUGCGGAGAAGUUCAUCGCGAGGUGUCACGAGAGGUUCCUGCUGGAGAAGCAGGAGUCAUACCGGAGGUACCAGGAGAUGCUGGCCAGAAGUUUGUAG